AUGUCGGAAGAAUACCGCAGCACAAUUAGCUCUCGACCAGCGUUCAACCGAACGACUACGAGCAGUACCCAGAAUUACUCUACUCCAGGUUCUGGCAAUCGCGUGCUGAAGAUCGUCACAGAAAUGUCAUCGUCUUCUAUCGCUAGCGGUUUGUCACCUUAUGGCCAGAAUGCAGCUUCAACUAUUCGUGAUGCAAGAGAGAGGGAGAAGAAGGAGAUGAGCGAUCUCAACGACAAACUGGCCAGCUACAUUGAGAAAGUGCGUUUUCUCGAAGCCCAAAAUCGUAAGCUAGGGGCUGAUCUCGAUAUGUUGCGUUCUCGUUGGGGCAAAGACACCAGCAGCGUUCGUAGCAUGUACGAGGGAGAACUAACACAAGCGAAGAAGGACCUCGACCAGGAGACGUUGAAUCGCAUCGAUUAUCAGAACCAGGUCGCAACGCUUUUGGAGGAGAUCGAUUUCAUAAAGAGAGUGCACGACCAGGCAAGUGUUUCGAUGAUGAACACUAAUCGCAAUGAUAUGGAGUCGUGGUACAAGCUGAAGGUCCAGGAGAUCCAGACUCAGAGUGCCCGCCAGAGUAUGGAACAAGGUUACCAGAAGGACGAAGUCAAGAGGCUUCGCACCCAAUUGACGGACCUUCGUGGAAAACUCGCCGAUUUGGAAGGAAGGAUCCGUAAGAUGCGAGAAGAAUGCCAAGCUCUUAUGGUCGAAUUGCAAAUGUUACUCGAUACCAAACAGACCUUGGAUGCCGAAAUCGCCAUCUACCGCAAGAUGCUCGAAGGAGAAGGAGAUGGUCCCGGCCUCCGCCAACUCGUCGAACAGGUUGUUCGUACAACGGGAAUUAAUGAAGUUGCUGACACAGAAACGAUGCGCGUUGUCAAAGGUGAAAUGUCCAGUAGAACUUCCUACACUCGUUCGGCUAAAGGAAACGUUUCCAUCCAGGAUCCUUCACCCGAAGGGAAGUACGUUGUGCUGGAAAAUACCCAUCGUUCCAAGGAGGAGCCCAUUGGAGAUUGGAAACUUAAGAGGAAAAUCGAUGGAAAACGUGAGAUUGUCUACACCUUCCCUCAUGACUUCAUCCUUCGCGCAGGAAAGAGCGUUAAGAUAUGGGCUCGUGGCCAAGGCGGCACCCAUAAUCCUCCGGAGUCGCUAGUUUACGACGGCGAAGACUCCUUCGGUGUUGGCUCGAAUGUGCAAACUAUCCUCUACAACAAGGAGGGCGAGGUGGGAGCGGAAAUAGUGCAAAAACUUUUCAAUUCUAGGAACGUGCCACCCACAUUCAACGCCAGAGCCAAAGCGCUACAUAAAACGACACAACGAUAG